CUUCCUGCUCAGGUAACUUGUUGUGUGUUCUAAUAUUCAUGAGCACUGGUCAUCUGACACCACCUCUUUCCUCCACCUCCACUGACUCCACCCUGUGGAGGUAUAAAAGCCUCGGGUCACCUGAGCGUCUCACUGUGUUCUGAUAUCUCACCUGUUCGCUCUCACUGAAGAUCUUCAUCGCCGGUUCUCCAUUUCUCCGUCUCUGCCUUCACACCCGCAACUCUCUCCUCCACCUUUCAGUGUUUCUUUCUCUCCUCCACCUUUUCUUUUCUCCACCAUGAGCCUGAGUCGCACCAAGCGAAUCAGCUCGGGAUCCUCGGUGCGCAGCGGGGGGUUCGGGGGGGGCUCCGGUAGGCCGAGCAGCUUUGGCGGCGUCUCCCUGAGCGGGGGCUCCAUGUACGGGGGGGCCUCCGGGCCUCAUCGUGGCUCGGGGGGGGGCCCACUGGCCGCGCUGUCCGUCAACAGGAGCCUGCUGGCCCCCCUCGACCUGGAGAUCGACCCCCGCCUGAGCACCAGCAGGGCCCUCGAGAAGGAGCAGAUCAAGAGCCUCAACAACCGCUUCGCCACCUUCAUCGACAAGGUGCGUUUCCUGGAGCAGCAGAACAAGAUGCUGGAGACCAAGCUGGAGCUGCUGCAGGGUCACGGGGUCGGCCGGUCCAACGUGGAGCCCCUCUUCGAGGCCUACAUGGCGGGUCUAAGGCGCCAGAUGGACCUGGUCAACAACGACAGGAGCAAGCUGGAUGGGGAGCUGAGGAACAUGCAGGGCCUGGUGGAGGACUACAAGCACAAGUAGGACGAGUCAGGGGCGGGACUACAAGCACGAGGAGGUGGA